GAUGAUGGAUCUCCCACACACUCCACCAGCUGCACAAUUUCAUCAGAAGCACCACAAUUACAAUUGCCAUUAUCAUUGAUAUCUCUCUAGAAAUUCAUUUCUGCUACCACAUUACCUGCAGCUUCAUGUCUGCCACUUCCGGUUCUCUCCAUUAAUUCUAUGUUCCUUCAUUUGGUUCUUGUCAUAUUUUGCUUGUUUCCCUUUUUACCGUUCUUGUUCCAACAGGAUGAAAAGUUUCCCUCUCCACCACUUCCUGACUUUGUUUUUAUCCUCAGUGACGUACUAGUUGCAUAAGCUUCCUGCAAAUUUAUAUAUGUCAGCAGAAAGUUGAGAUGAAGGAUGAUAAAAAGGACCCUCAACCCGUGUCAUCACGAGCUUCCCUUCUUGUGAAACUUAUAACCCUGCUAAAAUUUUAACAGCUUCUUCUCUAGCCUAGAGAGAUCAAACACCCCACAUGUCGUUUUCCAGCUCCAAAAACUUCUUCCAGCGUUUCUGUUUUGAUGAAUAUCUUAUGGACAGCACUACCGGUGGCAGUUUCUUCUCCAGUGAUCUUCUACCGUCACUAGGAGCCAGAAUUAACCAGACAACCAAGCUUCGGAGAUACAUAAUUUCUCCCUACAAUCCCCGUUAUAGGGCUUGGGAGAUGUGGCUUGUUGUUCUGGUCAUUUACUCAGCCUGGAUCUGUCCAUUCGAAGUUGCAUUUCUACCUUACAAGAAAGAUGCACUUUUCAUUGUUGACCACAUCAUCAAUGGUUUCUUUGCCAUUGAUAUUGUUCUCACCUUCUUUGUUGCAUAUGUUGAUAGCCGAUCUUAUCUCCUUGUUGAUGAUCCCAAGAAAAUUGCAAUAAGGUACAUAUCUACCUGGUUCGUUUUUGAUGUCAGUUCAACUGCUCCAUUUCAGUCUCUCAGCUUCCUCUUCUCAGAUAACGGUAGUGAACUUUGGUUUAGGCUACUGAGCAUGCUCAGACUCUGGCGUCUUAGACGGGUCAGCUCCCUGUUUGCCAGACUUGAGAAAGACAUCCGCUUCAACUACUUCUGGACUCGGUGCACCAAGCUCAUUUCUGUAACCUUGUUUGCAGUGCAUUGUGCCGGAUGCUUUGCCUAUCUGAUUGCAGAUAGAUAUCCCGAUCCAUCAAAAACUUGGAUUGGAGCAGUGUACCCAAAUUUCAAAGAUGCUAGCCUCUGGGGCAGAUAUAUAACUUCAAUUUACUGGUCUAUUACAACAAUGACCACCACAGGUUAUGGGGACUUGCAUGCUGAGAAUUCAAGGGAAAUGCUAUUUGACCUCUUUUACAUGCUGUUCAAUUUGGGAUUGACAUCUUACAUCAUUGGAAACAUGACAAACCUCGUAGUGCAGUGGACCAGCCGCACCAGAAAUUUUAGGGAUACAAUCAAAGCUGCUUCAGAAUUCGCUACGAGAAAUCAGUUGCCAUGCCGUAUACAGGACCAAAUGUUGUCACACAUCUGCUUGAAGUUCAAAACAGAAGGACUAAAGCAGCAAGAGACCCUAAAUAGUUUGCCAAAAGCCAUUCGCUCAAGCAUUGCAAACUAUCUCUUCUUCCCAGUUGUUCAAAACGUCUAUCUCUUUCAAGGGGUUUCUCAUGACUUCCUCUUUCAGUUGGUUUCAGAUAUGGAUGCUGAAUAUUUUCCACCAAAAGAAGAUGUGAUUAUGCAGAAUGAAGCUCCAGCAGAUCUAUACAUACUUGUCUCAGGAGCAGUUGAAUUAAUCUCCCAUCCUGAUGGAAACGAUCAGGUUUUGGGUAAGGUAGAGGCAGGGAAUAUGUUUGGAGAGGUUGGAGUUUUAAGUUACAGGCCGCAGCCCUUCACAGUUCGGACCACUGAACUUUGUCAAAUUCUACGACUGAACAGAACUUCAUUAAUGAACACCAUACAAGCAAACAUAGAAGAUGGACACAUAAUAAUGCAAAACUUUUUCAUGAAACUGCCAGGGCUAGAGGGCAACAACUUCUAUCCAAACAAAGAUUCAGGCUCGACCCACAGAGAAUGGUUUGGAGGACAAAGAGAUUUACAUGGAGGAUCCCACGAUGAACAACAGAGAAAUCUGUCGAAGCAAGGAUCAAGAGAAAUAGAUGUACAGGGAUUAGAAGCCCUUGAGAGGGUUGAAAGAGGCAGAGGAUAUUGUUGUCCUAGGUCUCUGUUGGACAUAAAUUCAACAGCUGAGGAAGGCCAAACAGCUCUCAACACUGCUGUUCGAGAGGGGCACAUUGAAAUGGCUAAGAUUCUUCUAGAAGAAGGGGCAAACAUAAAUAAAUCAGACGCCAGAGGGUGGACACCUAAAGCUUUAGCAGAGCAACAGGGAAACAAGAGCUUAUAUGAGCUGCUACUAACUUAUGAAAGUAGAAGGAAACCGGAUGAACAUAAAAUACAGGUUCUUGGCCCAGGUACCACAGAUGACACAAGGAGCAGUCCAAGCAGACAGAGUAGUGUCCUUAAUUUCUUCAAUACUCCCAGCAAUAGAGAAUUAGCAAAAUCAACCAGAAAGAGAGUUACUAUUAACAUGCAGGUUCAAAACAGUAGCCCAUCAAGUAUGCGGCUUGGGAAGUUAAUAAUUCUACCUGAUUCAAUUGAAGAGCUGCUCAGAAUUGCUGGUGAAAAGUUCAGAGGCUACAAAUUUACAAAAGUUGUAAAUGCGGAGAACGCAGAAAUUGAUGAUAUUUGUGUCAUUCGAGAUGGUGAUAAUCUGUUUCUCCUUUAAGAUUAAGAUGAAAGCUUAGAACGUUAAGUGACUCAAUGAAUAUUAGAAGGCAAU